GAGCCUGGUCGGCCUCCUCCUCAAGGAGGAUAUGUCUACGCGUUGUAUCCACAGCCUCAGGCGUCAACGUCGGCUUCAGGUGCCAACGCUAUGCGCUACGUCAGCACUAGCACCUCAUCCACGAACGCCAAUGUCACCGCGCCAGUGCCUAGCUCUGGCCUAAGUGCACUUAACGCGUCGCAUGUACCUCGUAUGGGAGAAUCGGCGCACGGAGGUUUAUGGGCUGCACCGCCGCCCACGUCAUCGACUACGCCUGCCCCUGUGCCCACUGUGGCCAUGCCUGUCGCGUGGACUCCCUACGCUGUCAACACCGCAAGUGCAAUGGCAUCCCACAUCAACAUCAGCAACCUCAAUCAUGGCUCUACAUCCGCCUCAGCGCCGCCCCAGCCUCAUGCCCCUUCCGCACAAGAUGUGGACAUCCAUCGCCACCGCGACAACGCCUCGCGCCCAUCUGUUGCCGCCACAGACAGCGCCACGCCGCGCACGAGCACUGAUUCAUGGGGCAUUCCGCAGCCAAAUCGUGGACACCACUCACGCAACUCGAGCAUGAGCAACAUUUUCAAUGACUCUCGCCUACGCCAGCUUGGUCCACCGCCGGAGGGCAAUGCGAGCAGGGAGUCGCUCGAGCCGAUUAUACCGAUACCCAGCUCUGGCUUGUUAGGCAUUGGCGGACCCAUUCCAAGGGCUACACACGAGCGCAUGCACAGCGCCGCCAACAGCAUUUAUGCAUAUCCUGUCGCCCCCACAUCAUCGUCGCAGGUCAAUGUCCAGCCAGGAGUGCAGAGUACGAUUACCUGGGGCGGCCUGCCGCACACGCAGGACACCUCGCACUCCAUGGACCGCGAAGGGCGCCCCGAGCAUAACGAUCGGCCGAUAGCUCAACGUUUAAGUACAUGGGGGGGACCGCCGACGGUGCAGGAUAUUUCGCGACCGCCGACGGCUCGCGACGAGCGCUCCACACGUCCCAACUCCCGGACAUCCCGGCAUCGGCCCCGCACUCUCUCUGAGCCCCAGGUAUCUUUAGUAUCGGCCAUGGGCCACCCGCAGCCAGGACAGGAUUACACAAACGCGAAUGCGACCGCGACUGCAUGGCAGCCUGUGCAGGCACAGGCGCAGAGCACGCCGUAUGUGCCCUCGCCUUGGGUGCAGCCUGCGAGCACUGAGCUGCGCGGGUGGCCGUUCGCGCCGGCGCCGCAGCUCCAUACGUCCGCCGCUAUGCGACAGCCGUACGGCGCGUCGAUGGCAUCUCUGCAUUCGCAGCUCAGUUCGCGGACGCAGGCGAGUUCGCGGUCGGGUCACGCCUCGACGUCUCAGGCGCAGGUUCCAAGUUGAGGUGGAAUGUGAUUUUGAGUGAUUCAUUCUACAGAGGAUAUCCUGCGACGACGAGUGUGCGUGUGCAUGGUCACCGACAUAACUUUUCAACUUUUUUUUCUUUUUCCCCUCUCAUCUACCUUCUUUAUUCUCCCGCAAUAUUUUCGGCCUCGGUGUUCUGUGUAUGGAUCUGCUGUUUUUUCUUCUGCUUUCGCUGCUAUGUAUUUAUGGCAUACUCGGGUGUACUUUUGAUGUAUAUAGGACGGUCUGGGCGCAACUCACCUCGGCUCUUCAGGAGCCGAAAGCAUGUUCGAUAUUCGACGGGGACCAUCAUGUCUAUAGAUUUGAUGUAGUACAUGCUUCGCUGAACACUUGCUGAUUCACUUCUUUCUUUC